AACAGCACGGACGGGGGCGCUGCGGCGGCGGCUCGCGCGGGCGCGCACGGCGGCCCCCGGGGCCUGGACGAUCGGCUGCUGCGGCUGGCGGGCCGGCUGGGCGGGAGCCUGGCGAGCUGCCGGGACCAGAUUAAAGGAUUUACCUGAAGACAAAGCCUUCUAUUCAUCAGAGACUGGACAAGAGUUACUCUUGCUUUUGGCAAUUAAAGAUGAUGUUGUCAUGGAAACAGCUGCUCCUGCUUUCAUUCAUUGGCUGCCUAGGAGGUGAGCUUCUCCUACAAGGCCCGGUAUUUGUCAAAGAACCCAGCAACAGCAUUUUCCCUGUUGGUUCAGAAGAUACAAAAAUAACUUUAAAUUGUGAAGCAAGAGGCAACCCAUCGCCUCAUUACAGAUGGCAACUGAAUGGCAGUAAUAUUGAUAUGAGUCUGGAACAUCGUUACAAGUUGAAUGGAGGAAAUCUUGUGGUUUUUAACCCCAACAGGAACUGGGAUACAGGAAGUUACCAAUGUUUUGCAACAAAUUCACUUGGGACGAUCGUUAGCAGAGAAGCUAAACUCCAGUUUGCCUAUCUUGAAAAUUUUAAAACCAAAAUGAGAAGUGCAGUGUCAGUGCGCGAAGGCCAGGGCGUCGUCCUUCUCUGCGGGCCCCCGCCACACUCAGGUGAACUAUCCUAUGCUUGGAUCUUCAAUGAAUAUCCAUCGUUUGUUGAAGAAGAUAGUCGGAGAUUUGUCUCUCAAGAGACAGGGCACCUCUACAUCGCUAAGGUGGAGCCCUCUGAUGUGGGGAAUUACACCUGCGUGGUGACCAACACAGUGACGCACGCCAGGGUGCUGGGCUCCCCGACGCCUCUGAUGCUGCGCUCUGACGGUGUGAUGGGUGAAUAUGAACCCAAAAUUGAAGUUCAGUUUCCAGAAACUCUUCCAGCAGCUAAAGGUUCAACUGUGAAAUUGGAAUGUUUUGCCCUUGGAAACCCUGUACCUCAGAUUAACUGGAGAAGAAGUGAUGGAAUGCCUUUCCCCAGCAAAAUCAAACUGAGGAAGUUCAAUGGUGUGCUUGAAAUCCCCAAUUUCCAGCAGGAAGAUGCUGGCUCCUAUGAAUGCAUUGCUGAGAAUUCUCGAGGCAAGAACGUGGCUAGAGGGCGUCUCACCUACUAUGCCAAACCUCAUUUGGUUCAGCUCAUAAAGGAUGUGGAGAUGGCUGUGGAGGACAGUCUUUACUGGGAAUGCCGAGCAAGUGGAAAGCCCAAGCCCUCCUACCGGUGGUUGAAGAACGGAGACACCCUGGUGCUGGAGGAGAGAAUACAGAUAGAAAAUGGUGCCCUUACAAUAUCAAACUUAAAUGUGACUGAUUCUGGCAUGUUCCAGUGUAUCGCAGAAAACAAACAUGGCCUCGUAUAUUCCAGUGCCGAACUCAAGGUUGUCGCCUCUGCUCCAGAUUUUUCAAAGAACCCAAUGAAGAAGUUGGUUCAGGCCCAGGUGGGCAGCCUGGUGAGCCUGGACUGUAAGCCCAGGGCCUCCCCCAGGGCGCUGUCUUUCUGGAAGAAGGGGGACACAGUGGUGCAAGAGCAAGAAAGAAUCUCUUUUUUAAAAGAUGGAGGACUCAAAAUAGAUAAUGUGACAAAGGCUGAUUCUGGAACCUAUACCUGCACAGCUGAAAACCAGUUUGGGAAAGCCAAUGGGACAACACACUUGGUUGUUACAGAACCAACUAGGAUAACAUUGGCGCCAUCCAGCAUGGAUGUUUCCGUGGGUGAAAGCGUCAUUUUGCCCUGCCAGGUGCAACAUGAUCCCCUGUUAGACAUCAUGUUCACCUGGUAUUUCAACGGGGUCCUCACGGAUUUUAAGAAAGAUGGAUCUCACUUUGAGAAAGUCGGAGGGAGUUCGUCAGGUGACCUAAUGAUCAGAAACAUCCAGCUGACACACAGUGGGAAGUACGUCUGCAUGGUGCACACGGGCGUGGACAGUGUCUCCUCUGCCGCCGAGCUCAUAGUGAGAGGUUCACCUGGACCACCAGGAAGUGUGAAGGUAGAAGAAAUCACUGACACCACAGCCCAGCUCUCUUGGAAAGAAGGCAUGGACAAUCACAGCCCAGUUAUCUCCUAUGCUAUCCAGGCCAGGACACCUUUCUCUGUGGGUUGGCAAACUGUGACAACAGUGCCUGAGAUCAUCGAUGGAAAUACACACACAGCUACUGUUGUGGAGUUAAACCCCUGGGUGGAAUACGAAUUUCGGGUUGUAGCCAGUAACAAAAUCGGAGGUGGAGAACCCAGUUUACCCUCAGAAAAAGUAAGAACUGAAGAGGCAGUUCCAGAAGUGCCUCCUUCUGAAGUCAGUGGAGGAGGCGGAAGCCGGUCUGAACUGGUGAUCACCUGGGAUCCAGUCCCCGAAGAGCUGCAAAACGGUGAAGGUUUUGGGUAUGUUGUUGCUUUCCGCCCUCUUGGGGUUACCAACUGGAUCCAGACAGUGGUGACAUCCCCUGACACCCCGAGAUAUGUCUUCAGGAACGAAAGCAUCAUCCCAUUUUCACCCUAUGAAGUCAAAGUGGGUGUCUAUAACAAUAGAGGUGAAGGCCCGUUUAGCCCCGUGACCACAGUGUUCUCUGCAGAAGAAGAGCCCACAAUAGCUCCCUCUCAAGUCUCUGCCCACAGCCUGUCCUCUUCAGAAAUCCAAGUGUCGUGGAGCACCAUUCCUUGGAAGUCGAGCAAUGGACAUUUACUUGGCUAUGAGGUGCGGUACUGGACCAAUGGGGAAGAGCAGGAAUCAUCAAGCAAGCUGAGAGUGGCCGGAAACGAGACCUCAGGCAGGCUGCGGGGCCUGAGGAGCAACCUUGUGUAUCAUGCAGCUGUCCGGGCUUACAACAGCGCGGGCACCGGCCCCUUCAGUGCCACGGUUAAUGCGACCACCAAGAAAACCCCUCCCACUCAGCCUCCAGGAAAUGUGGUUUGGAAUGCUACAGACACUAAAGUGUUACUUAAUUGGGAGCAAGUAAAGGCAAUGGAGAAUGAAUCAGAAGUAACAGGAUAUAAAGUGUUCUAUAGGACUAGCAGUCAAAAUAGCAUGCAAGUGCUGAACACAAACAAAACCUCGGCUGAACUUGUGCUGCCCUUUCAAGAGGACUACAUUAUUGAAGUCAAGGCCACCACGGAUGGAGGGGACGGCACCAGCAGCGAGCAGAUCAGGAUUCCACGAAUAACCAAUAUGGAUGCGAGAGGAUCCACAUCCGCCAUCUCCAAUGUCCACCCCGUGUCGAGUUACAUACCUGUGGUACUGUUUCUCCUUGUAAAUGCCCUGUGGUGAUAUUUAUUCUUUUUUAUUAUUUACUGGAAAGCUCAUUGGUUACCAUACUAAGUGCUCUCAAGAAGCACAGUGAUUA